UAACCGCAGGAUCAGUGGAACUGCUGCACCGCGAGCCCUGGGAAAAAAUUUUAAAUCAUCCCAGAGCAAAAAUACUGAAGGAUUUUACUUCAAUCAGUGAACAUAAAACAUUAAUCACAUCGAUGAUAAUUUAUGCAAGUCCACAAUUGUCAUCAGGUGUUCCAAAUAUAAUUGAAAGGGCUCGACACACGUCUAACCUCCACUAAUUUGCCUGAAAACAACCAUGCGCUGCUAGAUAUCAUAUCCUCGAGAUAAAUGAAAAAAAUGUUCGCAGCGACUGGUUGACUGAUUAAUCCAUGAAUAACAAAAUUUCCACCGAAAAUGCUGACGUUUGAACCCCCAAAACUGGUGAAACCUCCGGUAAUCGAGGAAAAAGACAAGAGGGUCUUCCUGCAGGAUCCAGUAUGGGACCAGGUUGCAGUUUACCUCAUAGGUAAUCAGCAAAGGUUUCGGGAUAAUAUUGUCAUCCCUCGAGGAGUUGCCCCAGUUCACAUAAAGACUAAUGAAGAAAAGGCCAUCGAGGCUGCCAUGGAGAGCUGCGUCUUCAAGAGCAUCAUGAGCUGUGUUCUAGGGUUCGGACUGGGGGCUGCAAUAGGUUUAUUCAGCUCUAGUGUUAAUCCUAAUGUAGCUGUUGUGGAAAAACAGCAAACUGCACGUGAAAUCUUCAGGGAAAUGAAGACAACGACUAUCGGAUAUGCUAAGAACUUCGCUGCCAUUGGAUGUGUAUUCUCAGCUGUUGAAUGUUGUAUAGAAUCUUACCGUGGCAAAUCCGACUGGAAGAAUGGUACAUACGCUGGUGGCCUGACUGGAGGUCUCAUUGGUCUCAGAGCCGGUGUCAAGGCGGGUAUAAUCGGCGCUGCUGGCUUCGCAGCAUUCUCAACAGCUAUUGAUUACUACAUGCACAAAUGAGCCUGACCGUUGUACAUAAUCGUGUAAAUGAAAUUAUCAUAAUUAAAUUCUGCACGUUUCCCCCGUGCUUUGAGAAAAGCUUACAUAAGUACUGAAAUAAACCUUAAACUUUAGUGACAGAAUA